UUUCAGUUUUUUAUCUUCAUCUCUCAUAUUUUCUCAUGUUUGUCUUCAUCCUUUUAUCAAAUUAAUCAUCACAUCCAUCAUCAUUUAUCUGUUUUUUCUUUCUCUUUUUCUUUAGGGUGAAGUAAAUUGUGUCUUGUGAAACAAAAGAAAAGCGAAUCUUCCAAUUUCCUCUCAUGUUUGUCUAGUUUUUGUAUUUAUUUUUAUUUUCUUUUUUUUUUGAUUGAACGUCGAUAAUCAAACGUGCAACCUUCGUGUAUGGUUCGAGCUUUGGACAUCGAUGUCAAUUAAACGAGGUUCUGAAGAUCUUCUCCACCCUGACAAUGACGUUAUUAUGAGUGAAAAAGAAAAUGAAGCAAAGAAGCUUAAAAUUGAAUCGUCUGGUGUUGGUACAAUAGGAUCAUCUGAAUCUAACGGCUCUAAAAUGUUAAACGACUCUUCAUCUAAUUGUCCCUCUCCUUCCCCAUCUCGUGUGGUACAUAUUCGUAAUGUGCCCAUGGAAGCAACCGAAAACGAUGUUCUCAGUAUUGGAACCCCUUUUGGUAAAAUAACCAAUGUUCUCCUUUUAAGAGGAAAAGGUCAAGCUUUCCUUGAGUUUGUUGACUCAUUCUCAGCUCAACAAAUGGUUAACUAUUGGGCUGACCCUAAUAACCUACCAAUUCAACCUUGUAUCCGUGGUCGACAAGUAUAUGUCCAAUUUUCUAACCACAAAGAACUUAAAAAAUCACUUCUUGGACCCAAUGCUGAUGGCAGCUAUCAAAGUACCUCACCUCCAAAUAGUAAAAACAACAGCAGUAAUGGAGACUCCUUGGGAGCCAGUACAGUUUUAAGAGUCAUUGUAGACAAUAUUGUUUACCCUGUUAGCUUGGACACCUUUUAUCAAAUAUUUUCACGCUUCGGAAAAGUGACCAAAAUUGUAACUUUCACCAAAAAUGCCACAUUCCAAGCCUUGAUACAAUACGAAUCAAGUUUCAAUGCGUCAACAGCUAAACAAGCCUUAGAUGGUCAACAAAUGUUCUCAUCUGGAAAUGUGCUACGAAUUGAGUUCUCCAAAUUAUCAAACAUUAACGUGAAAUAUAACAAUGACAAAAGUCGAGAUUUCACUAACCCUCUCUUACCUCCUGGGGGAUCUCUCCCUGGUUCCAUGGCUGUCAAUCCAUCUCAUGCCUUUUCAACUUUAUCCUCACCAGGACUUCAUGGAAUGGGUAGUGUUCUGUUAGCUUCAAAUCUCAAUGAACAGAUGGUCACUCCAGACGCUAUUUUCACUCUUUUUGGUGUGUAUGGUGACGUCAUGAGAGUAAAAAUUCUAUUUCACAAAAAGGAUAAUGCUCUUAUUCAAAUGAGUGAACCUCAACAAGCUCAAUUGGCAAUGACUUACCUUGAUAAAGUUAAACUCUUUGGCAAGCCCAUGAAAAUUUCAGCAUCUAAAUAUUCAUGUGUUCAAACGCCUAAAGAAGGUCAACCUGACUCUGGUUUCACAAAGGAUUUUACAAAUUCUACUCUUCACCGAUUCAAGAAACCUGGUUCCCGAAAUUAUCAGAACAUUUAUCCACCCAGUUCAACGCUUCACCUUUCUAACAUUCCUUCAUCAGCGAACGAAGAAGAUAUUCGAGAAGCGUUUGAGCAAAUAGCUGGCGUCCAAGUGGUCAACUUUAAAUUCUUCCCGAAAGAUAGAAAAAUGGCCUUGACUCAAUUAGCAUCUGCUGAAGAUGCAGUCCACGCAUUGAUUAAAAUGCACAAUUAUCAACUGUCUGAAGCGAGCCAUUUACGAGUAUCUUUCUCCAAAUCAUCCAUAUAAUCAAUGGCUAUGAGGGUUUCUAUCACUAUAUAAUCACACAUAUUUAUCAUCUCAUCUCUCCUUUCCUCCUCUCAUUUUGCCGUGUAUAUGAAUCCCGUACAACAAAGGCAAGUGAUUCGGUGGUAUGGCGAUGGUAGCUGAACCUGGAGCUAAUAUCAUCAAAGGAAAUACAAGAACGAGACUCUUUAGGAAUCCAAAUUAUCAUCGGACGUGGACCUUAUUCAUAAGGAUAAAUAUUAACUUCUAAUUUUUUGAGAAAAGCUGAUAUUAAAUUGGUUAUUUAAAAGGCUCCUGUAUCUUUCGUCCUUUCAUCACAUUUAUCUUCAUCUUACUCUUUCACAUCUUAAAGCUCUAAAGGAUCAAACAACAAAAAAGCAAAAUCACAAAAAUGCAACUUCUAUUUAAGAUCUUACAUUACUUAACAUUUUUUCUUUUCUUUUUUUCUCUUCCUUUAUCUUUUCACUUUUUUCCUUUCUCUCUUUAUCUUUCACAUACUUUUCGCAAUCUAUUCAGUGUAUAUCUUCUCAAUCUUAUUAAACUUUGCUUCUUCCUUCAUAA